AUGAGCGUUUACGGAGAGGUCGACGGCUGUGAACCGUACGUCCGUAUCGUUGAACAGCCGGCGCGAAGUGCAGUGCGAUUCCGGUACGAGUGUGAGGGCCGGUCUGCGGGACCGAUACCGGGGGUGUCGUCGACGCCGUCGUGCGCCACAUACCCGACCAUUCAGAUCGUGGGCUACGGCGGCUCUCGGGCUAUGGUUGUGGUGUCGUGUGUGACAGUGUCUCAGCCCUAUCGACAACAUCCGCACCAUUUGGUGGGUCGGGUGGGCUGUCAUCAGGGCGUGUGUACAAUGAUUGUGGACAACAGCGACCACUUGUGUUCGUUCACUCAUUUAGGCAUUCAAUGCGCGAAACGCAACGAAAUCGCCGCAAGACUUAAACUCAGGAAACAAUUGAGAAUCGAUCCCACGUUCGGCGGCUUCGACCACAUCAUGAAGUCGUCGCGAUCUCUAGACUUGGGAGCCAUUCGUCUGUGCUUUCAGGUCUACGUCGAGGACCCGAUCACUCGUAAGUUCACGAAACCACUCGAACCCGUCGUUUCGGACGCCGUUUACGACAAGAAACUGUUGCCGAAACUCAUCAUAACAGACAUAUCGACCACCAGUUGCCGAAUGACAGGCGGGAAAGUCAUGUUGUUCUGCAACUACAUCGACGAGGAGGACAUUGAGGUGCGUUUCUACGAGACAGACGCCGCCACCGGUUUGGUUGUGUGGGAAUCGAUCGCCGAUCUGAAGCCACCCGUUGGCGAAGUGCACAAACGUGUGGGCAUUUCAUUGAUGGCACCGCCGUAUCCGCGACCGGAGUGUCGACACCCGGUGGACGUGUAUUUGCAACUCAGACGACCGUCCGAUCAGAGGGCGAGCGAAGCCAUGAUCUUUACGUAUUUGCCUGAAUGCCAGUUCCCUAACUGUCCGCUAUUGCAAUACAAUCGUCUCCACAACAUCAUCGCAUCUGAAUCGGUGUCCACUUCCGCGCUCACCACCACUUAUAAUACCAUCACUACUGCUGUCGCCGAUCAGCCGCAACACCAAGUGUUCAGUAGACGGGGUCGGGCGCCAAAGUCCACAGCGAACGACAAUAAUCAGAGUACUGGCAAAAAGAGGGUCAAAGUGUUGGAUGUGUUGAACGGCAGCGACAGCGACGGUAUGGAAGAGACAGAGGCCGACGAUCACGACGUGGAGGAAAGGGAUGUGUUUUAUAACCAAUUUUACGCCAAUAACAAUAACGUUCAGUAUUUCGGCCAAAAUUGUCUCAAACCGGACGUCAAUAAUAACAGUAUAAACGCAAACAUCGUUAACAAUAACACCACUAAUGGUCUGUUGAGUAUCAAAUGCGAGCCCAAUAUUGGGAAUCAACAGUUGGCCGGCUGUCCGUUUGCGGCCACCCCUGCCGUCGGCAACGCUUCCAACGAUCUGUUGAUGGAGUGCCUGAAGACUAUAGACAUUGACUGUUUGGCCGCAAUGCAGUUUCAGGCCGAUUAUCAACACAACACUAACUCUAACCACAAUAACCACAGCAAUAGCUAUACGGCCGAUGAGGAGGAAGAGUGGCAUUCAUUCGAUCACACCGUUAGUCAACACUACAACGAAAACUAUGCCUACAGUACAGGCAAUAAUGUUAGCAAUAAUAAUAUCGCCGAUAAUUGCAAUACGAAUAGCGAAUACAACGAAUGCUUUAAUUACUAUCAAACUCAGCCGCCGAUCGAUAGUCAGGAUAAGUUGAGUUUCAUUGACUUAUAA